AUGGGGCGGUGGGCCCUCGACGUGGCCUUUGUGUGGAAGGCGGUGCUGACCCUGGGGCUGAUCCUGCUCUACUACUGCUUCUCCAUUGGCAUCACCUUCUACAACAAAUGGCUGACCAAGAGUUUCCACUUCCCCCUCUUCAUGACGAUGCUGCACCUGGCCGUCAUCUUCCUGUUCUCUGCCCUGUCCCGGGCUCUGGUGCAGUGCUCCAGCCACAGGGCGCGAGUGGUGCUGAGCUGGGCCGACUACCUCAGAAGAGUAGCUCCCACAGCCUUGGCAACGGCGCUUGACGUGGGCCUGUCCAACUGGAGCUUCCUGUACAUCACCGUCUCCCUGUACACAAUGACCAAAUCCUCAGCUGUCCUCUUCAUCCUGAUCUUCUCUCUGAUCUUCAAGCUGGAGGAGCUGCGAGCAGCUCUGGUCCUGGUGGUCCUCCUCAUUGCUGGGGGCCUCUUCAUGUUCACCUACAAGUCCACGCAGUUCAACAUGGAGGGCUUCGCCUUGGUGCUGGGCGCCUCGUUCAUCGGCGGCAUUCGCUGGACCCUCACACAGAUGCUUCUGCAGAAGGCUGAGCUGGGGCUCCAGAACCCCAUUGACACCAUGUUCCACCUGCAGCCGCUCAUGUUCCUGGGGCUCUUCCCUCUCUUCGCCGUGUUUGAAGGUCUCCAUCUGUCCACAUCGGAGAAGAUCUUCCGGUUCCAGGACACGGGGCUGCUGCUGCGAGUGCUUGGCAGCCUCUUCCUUGGUGGCAUCCUCGCCUUCGGCUUGGGCUUCUCCGAGUUCCUCCUGGUCUCCAGAACCUCCAGCCUCACGCUUUCCAUCGCUGGCAUUUUUAAGGAAGUCUGCACCCUGCUGCUGGCGGCACACCUGCUGGGCGACCAGAUCAGCCUCCUGAACUGGCUGGGCUUCGCCCUCUGCCUCUCAGGAAUCUCCCUGCACGUUGCCCUCAAAGCCCUACACUCCAGAGGUGAUGGUGGCUCAAAACCCCUGAAGGGGCUGGGCUCCAGCCCCGACCUGGAACUGCUGCUUCGGAACAGCCGGCAGAACGAGGAGGACAAUGAGGAGGAAGAGUACUUCAUGGCCCAGGAGCUGCAGUGACCAGCCAGGG